AUGGCAUCUACAAGCGUAUCUCAUUCUCCUCUGCAGACAGACACGAAUCAAAUAUACACUGCCCACCUUCAAACCUCCAUCUUACCGGAACUGGAAAGUACGAGGCAUCUCCUGUUAAAGAUAGAAAAUGAUAUAGCGGAAUAUGAGGAUCUCAGGAAGAAGAUUGACGAGCUCGAAAAGGUCGACAAUGUGGAGACACUGACAGAGUUAGGUGCUGGUGUAUGGGUUGAAGCCGUAAUAUCGGACACAAAGAUUAUCACCUUGGAUCUUGGAUUGAAUUUACAUCUAGAUAUGAGUUUGGCGGAAGCUAGACGGUACACAAUGAAGAAAACUGAUAUACUGAAAAUGAAGCGAGAUACGUUCAGUAAGAAAGAAGAGUUCCUAGUCUGGCAAGUUGGACAAUUUCAUGGAGCUAUAACAGAAGUAAACUAG